AUGACGGUUACAGAAUAUGCACCGAAGUUUGACCGGUUGGCAAAGUUCACACCGGAUUUGGUGCCUACUGAUAUGGUUUGGAGGGAUUGGUUUGUGCAGGGAUUGAAUGUUAUGAUCGCCAUUGAUGUCAGGAUAACAUUAGAUCCGAGGACUACCACCUAUGCACAGGUAGUGAAGAAGGGCCUUACAGCUGAGGGGGCCAAAGAUCAGAUAUGGCGAGAGGGCACUGCAAAGCGCGAUGCUUGGAGAGUGAUAGAUCAUUUGUGUAGACCUUGUUAUAUGUAUGCUAGCGGAUUCAAGACUUUGUUGCCAACUGGGGAAUUGGUUCUUAAAAAGGCUGACAUGAUCUGGAAAAAUGCAGUUGAAAGUAUCUUGGCGGGACGUGAUAUUUUGAUUUCAGUUCGCAAUCCCUUUGUGGUUCGCUUCUUCUAUUCAUUCACUUUCCGAGAAAAUUUGUACCUUGUGAUGGAGUAUUUAAAUGGAGGGGAUUUAUAUUCGUUGUUGAGAAAUUUAGGCUGCUUAGAAGAAGAUGUUGCUCGUGAAGUGGUGCUUGCAGUAGAAUAUUUACAUUCACUUCGUGUGGUUCAUCGUGAUUUGAAGCCAGAUAAUUUUUUAAUUGCUCAUGAUGGUCAUAUUAAGUUGACCGACUUUGGGCUCUCAAAGGUUGGUCUUAUCAACAGUACUGAUGAUUUAUCCGGCCCAGCCGUAAGUACCACAUCUCUAAUGGUGGAAGAUGAGCCCGAGUUAUCUGUGUCUGAGCAUCAGCAAGAAAGACGAAAGAAACGUUCUGCUGUUGGCACACCUGACUAUUUGGCACCAGAGAUACUAUUGGGAACAGGACAUGGUACAACUGCCGAUUGGUGUUCAGUUGGUGUGAUUUUUUUUGAACUGAUUGUUGGUAUUCCACCCUUCAAUGCAGAGCAUCCUCAGACAAUAUUCGAUAACAUUCUUAAUCGUAAAAUUCCUUGGCCUCGAGUGCCUAAUGAAAUGAGCCCAGAAGCAGCAGAUUUGAUUGAUCAGUAA